CGCGCGGCCGCCGCCGGAGCGGGGCUGCGCUGGCGCCGGUGCCGCCGCCGCGGGCAGCAGGCUCCACUAAGUCCUUUGGAGACUUGACUCCCUCUGUCUCCUUCCCCGUUUCUCUCCACGUUACUCGUCUCACCUUCAUGAGCACCUUAUGUUAUGGUAACGAUCCCUGCAGGGGAGGCGAGUUGGACUCUGCUCCCUCCGGAGACAUCGGAGCUAUCAGAAGAGCUUGCUGCCAGCUGCAAGGCGCUCCUCCAGCCCUAGAGGCACAUUAUCUAGAAAAUCGGAGAAUGGAUUGACUGCAUUUUACGAUAUUACAAGUUUGCAGGAUGUGAAUUAAAGCUUUGGAAAUGGCUCUACAAAUGAUAAACCUCAUCUUAGAAGGCUAAAAGUUCUGUGCAGAGCAGCUGGAAUUAGUUAAAUACUGGAACCACUGCUGAUUUGGUUGCAUCUUCCAACAUGACCAAUCCUCAGCCUGCAAUAGAAGGUGGUGUUUCAGAAGUUGAAAUAAUUUCACAACAAGUGGAAGAAGAGACCAAAAGCAUUGCUCCUGUACAACUUGUUAAUUUUGCUUAUCGAGAUCUACCCUUAGCUGCACUUGAUCUAUCUGUGGCUGGGUCCCAGCUUUUGUCAAAUUUGGAUGAAGAAUACCAAAGAGAAGGAUCUAACUGGCUAAAACCGUGCUGUGGGAGACGAGCAGCUGUGUGGCAGGUAUUUUUGCUCAGUGCAAGUCUCAACAGUUUCCUGGUAGCCUGUGUAGUAUUGGUGGUGAUUCUUCUGACUCUGGAACUCCUAAUAGAUAUAAAGCUUCUCCAGUUUUCAAGUGCUUCACAGUUUGCAGGAAUAAUUCACUGGAUCAGCCUAGUCAUCCUGUCUGUUUUCUUUUCAGAGACUGUUUUGAGAAUUGUAGUCCUUGGCAUAUGGGAUUAUAUUGAAAACAAAAUAGAGCUGGCAAGAGUCUCUGGAGGAUCAAGAAUGUGUGACUCGACUCUACCCUACUGGGCAAGUGUAGAACAGACACGACACUUGCAGGUGUUUGAUGGUGCUGUCAUAAUCUUGUCCUUGGCGCCAAUGGUGGCCUCAACAGUGGCGAAUGGCCCCAGCAGCCCAUGGGAUGCUAUCAGCCUUAUUAUCACACUACGAAUAUGGAGAGUGAAGAGGAUCAUUGAUGCCUAUGUCCUUCCAGUGAAAGUGGAGAUGGAGAUGAUGAUUCAGCAAUAUGAGAAGGCAAAGGUUAUUCAAGAUGAGCAGCUGGAAAGACUAACUCAGAUCUGCCAAGAACAAGGGUUUGAAAUCAGGCAGCUGAGGGCCCACCUUGCCCAGCAAGACUUAGACCUGGCUGCAGAGCGAGAGGCUGCGCUGCAAGUCCCCCAUCUCCUGAACAAGCAGAGCAGCAACAGGUACAAGGUGGUGGCGUCUGAAGAUUCGGAUGAUGAAGCAACUGAGAACAUCACCGAGUUACGACCACCACGAGAGGAUGACAUGAACAAUUACAUCAGUCGAUACUACAAUGAGCCCAGCAGUGACAGCGGUGUCCCUGAAGCAGCCAUCUGCGUGGUCACCACAGCUGCGAUUGAUGUCCACCGCCCCAACAUCUCCUCCGACCUGUUCACAGUGGAGGUGCCGAUGAGGCUGGGCAGCACCGGGACGUCCGCCAGCAUCACGUCGGGCAGUGCCUCCAGGUCGACGGCCAGCUCGGGCACCCGGGCCCGCAGCGAGAGCAGCCAGACGCUGGGCUCCUCCCCGGACUGCAGCACGGCCUGCGAGGAGGCCCCGGAGGCCGGCCCGCAGGGCGGCCUCGCGCCCGCUCGGCAGCGGGUGGCCCGGGCCGUGGUGCAGGAGCUGCUGUCGUCCCUGUCGGAGGAGGCUUGCUUGACGCAGAAGGGGCUGGAUCCCGUCAACCUGAAGCUGCCCAGCCCGGCGGGCUCAGCCGGGGCCAGCCCCGACCUGGGCCACCGGCUCAGCGUGCUCAACCGCAGGAACCAGGAGAGCCUUGAUGUCUUCCAGCUCAAGCCGCUCAUUGAGUGCCCGCAGGGUGCCCCAGUCAUCGAUGAGAAGCUCGGGGCGCUGGGGCCCCCGGAGCCGCGGCUGGGCAGGGUGCCUGAGGCGUAGGCGGCCGGGCUGCCCUGGCCAGGGCCCGCGUGGGGCACAGGGAUGGAUGCAGGGGGUGUGCUCGACCCCUGCUGCUGCCACCAGCUCAGGGCCAGGCUGGACCCACGGCACCUGGGAGCAGUGGACCCACCAGCAGCCCCAGGGCCAUGCCAGACCCACAGCACCCAGGAACGCUACGGACCCACCAGCAGCCCCAUGGCAUCCAGGAGCAGCGUGGACCUGCUUCGAGCCUGGGGCCAGCGCGGACCCAGGGCCUGGCCACCCCCUGGGCAGAGGCCCCCCGGAGCCUGAGGCAAGGGGGCCCUUGGGGCAGGCAGCUGGGGGGGGACCCACGGGGGCUGGGUGUGGGUGGUGGGGGCACAGCGCUGGGAAUAAAGAAUGGCAGAGAUGUCUGUGUGCUGUCCUUCCUCCCCUCUCCUUGCCUUUCCUCCUCCUUCCCUUUAUUCCUCCAUCUCCUACUUCUUAGCUCCGAUCUUUACCUCUUUUCUUUCUUCUACCCCCCUUUUCUUUCCUUUUUCCUCCUCCUCAUAUCCCUCCAUCUCUUUUCCCUUCCUUCCCUCUCUUUCUUCCACCAUUCCCCUUUUCUCUUCCUCUCUUCCCACCUUUCUUCCUCUUCCUUCUUCCUCCCAUGCCUUCUCCUCAUCCCUGCUUCAUGCCUUCCACUUAUCCUCUCCCUUCCUUGCCUUCUUGCUUCCUUCCCUUUGUCCCUUCUCCCUUCUUCUCUUCUCAGGCUAAUCCUUCCUUCCAUCCAUCCUCCCUUCUUCUCUCUUUCCUUGCUUGCUUCCUCCCUCCUUCCCUCAAUCCCUUCUUUCCUUGCUCUCUUCCUUCUUCCUCCCUUUUAUUCUUCUCUUCCAGCCUUUCUUCCUUCCUCUCCUCCUUUCCCUCCUUCCUCCCUUCCCUGCUUCAUGCCUUCCCUUUAUCCCUCCUCCCUUUUCCCUUUUCCUCCCUUCCCCUUGUCCGUCCUUCCUUUUUCCUGCUCCACCUUUCCUUUCAUCUUCCCUUUCUCACUUUCCCUCCCUCUUCCCUAUCCUCCUUCCUUCUUUCCCCUUCCCUCCCACUCCUCCCUUUCCUCCUCCUCUUCCUUUUCUCCCUUCCCUUUCUUCUGCCUUCUUCCCUCUAUUCCUUCCUACCUUUCUCCCUCUUGUUUUGCUCCAUUCCUUAACUUCUUUCCCUUCUCCCUUCCUUUUCCCUCCUCCUCUUUACCUUCAUUCUUUCACCCUUUUUUCCUCCUGUCUCCCCCUCCCUCCUCCUCGUUCUCUUCCCUCCUUUCCCAUUCCCUUCCUCCUUCCACUCUUCCUCUUCCCUCUUCUUCCUCACUGCUGCUUCUCUCCCUUUUCAUUUCUCCCUUCCUUCUGCCUCUUCUUCCCUCCCUCUUUCACUCCUUUUCUCUCUUCCUUUUGCCUCUCUCUGUUCUCCUCUUUCUUUCUUCCUCACCCCAUCCUUUCUUCCUUCCCUCCUACCUUUCUCCUCACACAUUCAAGGGAUCUCCUCUGAGCAAAGCCCGUGUCCGACGUAGCAUGAUGAUGCAGAGGGCGAUGUGCUGUGCAGGGCGCUGUUACCGGCUCCCCCCACAGCCCCCCCCCCCGAAAGCCCCACGCGCACCAGCGCUCAGCACAGUCUUUAUUGCCCGGUUCCGCGCCCCAUCCCUCCGCUGCCACGGGGCCCGGCGCUGGCUCACUUCUUCUUCAGGAGCUCUGUCAUCUCGGGCACCACCUGCAAACGCCAGCACAGGGGUCAGCGCCGCCCCCCGUGUUCGCGCC